UUGCCGUUAGUCGUUAUCGGAAGCUUGUUUGGUGUAAACGUUGCAGAUGUCCCUAGCCAUAACUAGAAUGCUGUCGACCUUUUUGGGGCUUGUGAUUGUGGUGACCUUGCUUCCGAGCAGUUUGGAAGCUGCAGAUGCAAUUUGUGAACGGAUAGAUUUCAACGACUUCAGUGCCUACAAGAUCCGACAGUGCUCGGAAGGGGGCAAGAAUAUAUUGCGUCUUUCAGCCUACGCAGCAUCUUCUAAUUUUAGACCUUACCGAGAAAACGUAAUUUAUUACUUGUCGAACGAUGUCGCGGGUACCAGCUGCUGCGAAUCAGUGGAAAGCUUUUUCAUGAAUGCCUACACGGAAAUAAGAAUGAUCUAUCAGUUUGUGUUUAGAACGGAGUGUACAUUGACGAUAAGGAUAGUGGAUUUAGAUCAACUCGAUAGGCAAGGAUUGCCAACGACUGCUCAAAUCUGGACAACACGUCAAGCCACAAGAACCUGGAGUCUUUUUUCAGGAAAAGUAGAAAGAGAAAUCAAAAGAGCAAGAUUACAAGUAGAAGUUGAUAUGAGUGAGGACGGGGAUGUAGCGAUUGAGUACAUAACGCCCACCGGCGACUACUACAAUGCGCCCAACAACGACUACGGUUACUAGACCUACAACAACUUCUGUGUUUACGACGAGGAGAACAAGAUCAACUAGCACAAGUACUCAAUCUACUACAACAGUGCUUCCAACUACUACCACAUCUACAACAGUGACUUCUACUAUGCCAAUAACAACUCCAUCUACUACGCUUACAAGUACUGUAACUACCACUGAAAUUCCAAAAACCACCACAAUAACCAGCAGUACAACUUCCACUUCAACCAGUACGCCUACAACAACAUCUACAAUAACGACGAUAGCACCAACCACUACACCAGCUAUAAUUACAACAACUAUGAAUACAACAAUGCAUCCAACAACAACAACACCUUAUCAAACAACCACGUCUAAUCCAACAACAUCCACAGUUAUCAUAACUACUCCGAUAACAACACCGAUCGAAAUAAUAACAAGUACACAUGCAACGGCGACGUCGACAGCAACAUCCACAACAGAGGUACCAACAACAACAUCCACAACAAUGGUACCAAUAACAACAUCCACAACAAUGGUUCCAAUAACAACAUCCACAAAAAUCAGUCCAACAAAAACAACUGAAUUUACUACAAGCGAAGAUCCAGCGACGAUGUCAACAACUGCGUUGUUCCCAUCGACUAGCUCAACUACAGUUUCAUCAACGCUUACUUCUACGCUUGAAAUACCUGCUACGACAAUCCCAACCGUACAAACCUCAACGUCUUCUACCUCAAGCAGCUCUGAAGAAACUCCUGCAUCGACAAGUACAUCAUCAACUCCAAGUUUUUCAACAAUUCCUCAAGUUAUAAGUACAACCACAGUCAUACAUAACACAACUACCAGUCAGAUGACAUCUCCGACAACAGAUACAACCUGGAGGACGACGGAGGGAACAAUGAGCACAGAGUUGCUGUCCACAAGUUCUUCCUCAACGAAACCCACAACGAGUGCACUUUCCACUCCCGAGGUGGAAGAUAAUCCAUCGGAAAAUCCUACAACAACAAGAACCUCAGCACGGCGGACAAGAACAACAACUAGAAGAACAUCAACGUCGCAAUCUACACCAGAGCCAAGUUCGGCAAGUGUCUCUUCAUCCACACUUCCUCCUGAUACUGUGCCUACAACCAUCGCUAUUGAGAGUUCUACAUCGAUUCCACUAAUCUACCUCUCAUCAACGGAUUCAACAAUAGAGCUACCAACUACGGAGCUUGUGUACACUACGACAACAAACAUAGCUGAUAGAAUAACAACAGAGGAAAGCAUUGUCACACUUACCACAAUUCCACCAGAUAAUACCGAAAAAAUCCCUAAUGGCAUUCCAACGUCAACAAUGCUAGUCACUGUUACACCUGCUCCAACUCCACCAUUUUUUCUUCCCAUUAAACAAGACAACGACAAAUAUAAUACAUCCACUGCAAUUUGGCUGUCUUUGACAGGAAUAUUUCUCGUGCUACUGGUAUUGGCUUCGGUAUACGGAGUAUACCUAUACGUUAGCUGUAAGCAUAUCUCCCAGAUCGUCAGUAGGGAAAUUGAGCUUGGAGAAGAACAUCCAAGCCAUACAUCUAGGGUAUCGAUCAACCAUUACGUAAACCCGUUAGCUCAGGAAACCUACCAACGUCAACGACAACGCCAUGAACAGUUGAGGCAGUCUCGGCCACGUCCGCAGCGAUCACAACACCGUGAAAGACGCCCAUCCUCUUCCAGUGGAAACAGCAGUUAUCUGGAGCACAGUCGGAGAAUCACCAAGCAGCCCAUCAUACCACCUAAGACCACCGGACGACCUUUCUCCCUGGCGGAAGAGAUCCGAAGAGCUAAGCUUAAAAAUCAUCUCAAUAAAUUUUGAUGCUCCUCAA